AUGCCCCCAAUCUCUACUGGCGCUAGAAUUCUCGUUACAGGAGCUAACGGUUUCAUCGCGGCUCAAACAUGUUCUACCCUUACCCAACGCGGACACACCGUGAUCGGAACCGUCAGGUCCAAGUCGAAGGGAGAAUAUUUGAAGAAAGUCAUUGGUGACAAGUUUGAUUAUGUUGUUGUAGAAAAUAUUGAGAAGCCGGACGCGUUCGACAAUGCAGUCAAGUCUACAAACGUGGAUGCUGUCGUUCAUAUGGCAUCCCCAGUUGAUACGUCGUCCGAAGACCCGGCUGUAGUCAUUGGUCCGGCCGUAUCUGGGACUACCGGUAUUCUUAAAAGUGCGCUUGAACAUGGUCCGUCCGUGAAACGCAUCGUGAUCACAUCCUCCGUUGCAUCUCUCAUUGUGCCCAAGGACGGAACAUAUACAUUUACUGAAUCCGAUUGGAACACAUAUUCACCAAGUUGCGUUGAACAAAAGGGUAAGAACGCUGGGAUUCAUAAAUACCGCGCGUCCAAGGUCUUGGCGGAAAGAGCCGCGUGGACAUUUAUGGAGGACAACAAAGACACCGUCAAAUUUGAUUUAACCACUAUCCUCCCUCCUCUCGUAUUUGGCCCCCUUAUUCACCAAACUACAUCCUUGUCCAAGUUGAACGAAACGUCCAUACUCUUUCUCAAAAGGGUAACAAACCCACCAUUACAAGCUCAUUUCCCUGGUGUGAGCGGAAACCUUGUUGAUGUUCGCGAUGUUGCCUUGGCACACGCCCUCGCCCUGGAGAGCGACAAAGCAGGUGGAGAGCGGUUCAUCGUCAGUAACGGACCCUUUGCUUGGCAACAAAUCACCGAUGAACUGUACGAAGCUGGUAUUACCGACAUUCCGAUUGGAGUUCCGGGUUCGUGGAAAGCUAAACCGUUCGAAAUCAUCAUGGACGGAUCUAAAGCUUCCGACGUUCUUGGUUUGAAAUAUCGAACUAUUAGGGAAACCGCAGUGGAUGGCCUCAAUAGCUUGAGAGAGAGAUUUGGGAAGGAGGUAAAAAUAUGA